CGGUGCAGUACAGUGCAGAAUGGCGCAGCCAAACGCGACAAAGCCAGAACGAUGUGAAAAGACCGAGUGACGAUGGAUCGUGAACGGCGAAUCGUUUCGCCUCGUUGGAAGUGGCUCCUGCUUCUGCUGAUCCUCUGUGACUUCGCUCGGUGCGAUGAGUCUAAUGAUGAGGCAAAAAAGAAGUUUGGAGACAAAUGUGGGUCAACAGACGAAUGCGGGUUCGAGGGGUCGGUGUGCGAUGACUUGCAAGGGAAAUGCCUGUGCCGACCGGAAGUUCCGGUCACAAAUCAUCUUGACAAAUGUGGAAUAGCUGCCAAAAUAAACGAGAGCUGCACAUUCAACGAGCAAUGCGAGACAGUUUAUUUCAUGACCGAAUGCAACAAGGAGGGCGUUUGCUCGUGCCGACAUGAGAAAGUGCCGAUAUUGAAGCCCGACGGAACAGUGGAAUGCAUAACUAUAAUUCGUACCAUCACUCACGAGCGAUAUGUCGACCCAGCUAUGAUCGGAAUUCUGGUAGCCAUGUUUCUCAUGUUCAUCACCAUAUGCAUUGUUUUGAGACUUUUUAGCAAAGCACGAUGGAGGGAAAACAGAACGAUAUUCAAUACACCUAAUCCACGUUUGAUGAACGUGUCGUUGCUGCGGGAAAGUAAACUGCUUCACCAUGACAGACGUGGAUCCAAAGGCAGUCACGGCCCAAGUCGACCAGCCAGUAUGACAUCACUUCCGCCACAAUCGCCCAAUUCACAAGGGUCUCGAAGGGGAUCAAAAGGCAGCAGCGUUUCAGGUGGUUCUGUGAAAACAAACAAAAGUCCACCAAGAAUAGAAAAAUCGCCGCUGGCCACCACUCCAAUGCUGGAAACUAUUGAAGCAGUCGAAAGCCAAGUCCCCAGGACCUAAAAUGGACACAUCUAUCCUCUUUCUUCAGCGCAUUAGUUCAAUAUAAAAUAAUAAGAGCAAUAAAACUGUUGCCGAAUCAUCUUGAUAAGCUAACUUAAUACUUCAAUAGUUAAGAUGAUGCUAGGGACCAUACAAAUAUUUGUCCAAUCAUCACAAAUUUAAACUAGUUAAAUAGACACUAUUUGUUUCUAAUCUAUAUAGAGAAAACAGUUUAAUUGUUUUUAUGAAAUCAUUUAUUUAGGACAGUAUCUCUCUAAAUAAAGUAAACUAAUAAUGAUUAUAAGCUUUAGAAAUUCGUUUCAACUAAUAAUGCUAGAUCUAGAAAUAACUAUAUAUUCUAAAAUUAUGGGGAUUUAUACAAUAAAGGAAUAAUACAUUCUAAGAGUUAAUCGCUUAUAGGGAAUUUCAUAGAAACAAUUAAACAACGUAUGACUUAUUUCAUCUUAUUAAGAUUAAGUACUUAAUAUAAAACUUUACUAGCACGAAUUAAUAUAAUUACAUUAGUAGGAUUAAUAUUAUCUAACCGAUUCUUGUCGACUUCAGUCUCAAAACGUAGCGACUUUGACCAUUGUUUACGCUCGGUGGUAGCCAAGAUGCUGGGAAAAUUUUGUGAUACUACCAACUUAAACUGUGAUUUGGUGUUUUUAGCUUAGCAGCUUCCGGAACUGGGGGUGACAAAAAGUACUGGGAAAACUUUUUGCCAGUUUCAGUUUGGCCACGUACCUCUCUACCUAUACAAUACUACUCUUUUUUACUCUUGAUUACACUGAGAUUGCUCAUGAAACUGUCCUUCAGUAGAGUAGAUAAAGUUAUAAGAAUAUAGGCAUCGCUUAAAAAAGAAGCUUUUUGGCAUUAAUUAAAAUAUAAUGAUAGUACGAAAGAUCUGGAAUCAAACGUUUAAAUUAUACAACGUAUAUUAAUAUAUUACAUAGUUUGAUCUUUGUAUUCUUAUACUUAUUGUAAGAAAUAUACUUAUACUAUACUGUUUACUAAUAUUUUCGCUAUACUGCUUUGUUAAUUAUAAUAAAUUGCUAUA